CUCGAACCCGGGAGAGCCACCACCUACCAGACAGAGGUUGGAAGCGACGGCGCUGCCGGAGAUGGAGACGGAGACGGAGGCGGCAGCGGCGAGGCGGGCGAAGGAGUCUCUGGAGCUGGCUUUCCAGAUGUCCCAGAUCCUAGACACCGGCCUCGACCGCCACACCCUGUCGCUGCUCAUGGCGCUUUGCGACCGCGGAGCCAACCCCGAGGCAUUGGCCGCCCUCGUCCGCGAGCUCUCCUCUGCUGCUCCCCCAACCUCCGCCGCGGCUUCCUCCCCCGUGAGCAACGGCGCCGCGGGGCCGGCCUCGGCAAUUGCGCCCACGUUCUCCUCCGGCCUUCGCCGUCCCUAGGGUGCUGCUAAAAAGUCUGAAUGGAACUGGUGUAGUUUUCCAAGCAAGACAAGAUCUCGCUGCUGGAAUCGCUGGAUGAAAAGGAUUGCCUUUACAAUUCCAUGUGCGCGCUGCUGUGGUGGUGUGGUUCGACCACAAAACAUGUGGCUGGGUUCAUAGAGCCACAGAAAUACACGCGCGGCGCAUCCGCACCCCUCUCACGACUUCUUGGGUUUAAAACAGCUGUAUGGCUGUAUAAUCUUGUGGAUUGAGGAGUCAUUGUCUCUUGACGCCCAUGAUUGGACAUUUGGAUCAGUUCCACGCCUGAUCCUUCGUUAAAUUAUUCUCGCUUUGACGCCACAGCCUUUUGCACUGGCAUGUGCUUACCCUCUGAGGGAACGUGCCAUGUCUACCCUUCCUGCAGUGACAUCUUUAUUAUCUCUA